UUGAAAAGCAGAAGCCUCCGGCCUCCAACUUAGCAUAGUAGAUACAACAGAAAUCUAUCCUCUUAUCCUCGGCCUAGCAUACCAAUAGGAAAACGAAAAGCAAAUGUGGAGACCAGAAACAUACUCACUGUGAUCGAAAUAGUUGGGCAUGGCGUCGAUACGGCGGACUUCUUCCACAUCAAUUUUAGGUUCUAGGCCCUUUUCUUCUUCCAUAGCCAAGCCUCCCAAUGCCUCUCUCUCCUUAACAACAGGGCAGGGUUGUGGGAAGAAGUAUUAUGGAGGAAUUGGGAUUCAGGACCAGAAAGGGAGGUCUCAUUUCCAUGUUACUGUUACCAAUGUCGCAACUGAUGUUAGCUCCGUUGGGGAGAAACUUGCUGCGAAAGAAAGCCAGAGACCAGUGUAUCCAUUUGCUGCUAUUGUAGGACAGGAUGAGAUGAAACUGUGCCUUCUUUUAAAUGUGAUUGAUCCCAAGAUUGGGGGUGUCAUGAUUAUGGGUGAUAGAGGGACAGGGAAGUCUACUACUGUUAGAUCCCUGGUGGAUUUACUUCCUGAAAUUAAGGUAGUUUUCAAUGAUCCAUAUAACUCGGAUCCAGAAUAUCCAGAGUCCAUGGGUUUUGAAGUCAGGGAGAGCAUCAUGAAAGGGGAGAAGCUUCAAGUUGUGCUCACAAAAAUUAAUAUGGUUGAUUUGCCAUUAGGUGCUACAGAAGAUAGGGUUUGUGGGACAAUUGACAUUGAAAAGGCUCUAACAGAGGGUGUCAAGGCAUUUGAGCCUGGCCUUCUUGCUAAAGCUAAUAGAGGGAUUCUUUAUGUGGAUGAAGUUAACCUUUUGGAUGACCACUUAGUGGAUGUUCUUUUGGAUUCUGCUGCCUCGGGAUGGAACACAGUGGAGAGAGAGGGUAUUUCAAUUUCACAUCCUGCACGAUUUAUUUUGAUUGGCUCUGGCAAUCCUGAAGAGGGGGAACUCAGGCCACAGCUACUUGAUAGAUUUGGAAUGCAUGCACAAGUAGGAACUGUUAAAGAUGCAGAGCUCAGAGUGAAAAUAGUAGAAGAAAGAGCUCGGUUCGAUAAAAACCCAAAGAAAUUUCGUAAUUCUUACAAGGCAGAGCAAGAGACGCUUCAGCAACAAAUUGCCUCAGCUAGAACUUAUCUUUCUUCUGUGCAGAUAGUUCACGAUCUCAAGCUAAAAAUUUCCAAGGUUUGUGCAGAGCUGAAUGUUGAUGGGUUGAGAGGGAAUAUUGUGAUUAACAGAGCUGCAAAAGCUCUUGCUUCUCUGAAGGGUAGAGAUAAGGUCACUGCAGAGGAUAUUGCUACUGUCAUCCCCAACUGUUUAAGACACCGUCUUCGGAAGGAUCCAUUGGAGUCAAUUGACUCAGGUUUGCUUGUCAUUGAGAAAUUCUAUGAAGUUUUUAGCUGAGGUAGGAAUUAGAUGUCGCUCUGUAAUUUAUUUUUCACUUAUUUUUUUUUUAAAUACUCACUUGAUAUUCUGCAAAUGUAGACAGGUUUUUCUGAUUUCAUUGAGGACCUUGAACUAAAUUGAAGGAAUGAAUUCCAUGCAUACA